UGACUUGAUCAAUUUUCGUUCAGGUAAAAAUUUAGUUACUCUGCAUCAUUCUGGAUAUGGAUGAAAUAAUAAUUGGUUAUGCAUUAAUUUUUUCAUACUAAAGUGACCAACUGACCUUAUAGUGCGGACUGCAGAGUAGUGUACCAUUAAACUACUCCGUUAGAAAAAAGUCUAUAAAGUGAUGAAGUUAGUUCAACUCUUACGCACAUUUCUAACUUCUACCAAAAAAAAAAAGAAAAAAAAAACCAACUAUGGCAGAUUAUGCUAAGAAAAUCUCAAAAUCAACAACUUCACAAGAAGUAGAAAUUCCAAAAAAGAAGACCCCUUUAAACUAUUACACUUCAAUUCAGCUCAAGUAUGUAAAACUUGGUUACCAUUAUCUCAUCUCGAAUGCAAUAUACUUGAUGUUGUUCAUCUUUUUCAUUCCACUCGUAGCCCUCCCUCUUACCAAACAAGACUUAUCCCAACUACGGGAUAAUCUUCUCAAACUUAACCAUCACUCUAUCGGCGACUCCCUACUUGUCCCUUUUGUCUUCCUGGCUAUGCUUCUUCUUUACCUGAGGGGCACCAGGAAGACGGUGUACUUAGUCGAUUUUGCUUGUUGUAAGCCACACCCUUCCCGUAGGACAAGUAAGGCGACAUGCGUAGAUAGAAUAGCUCAAUGCGGGACAUACACUCAAGAGAACGUUGAGUUUCAAAGGAAGUUGUUUGAGAAGUCCGGGGUAGGCGAUGAGACGUACUUGCCGGAGGCUGUGAUCCAAGUCCCUCCGAAUACAACGAUGGACGAGGCGAGGAAGGAGGCGGAAAAUCUCAUGUUUUCAGCAAUAGAUGAAUUGCUUGCAAAAACAAAGGUUUUGCCUAAGGAAAUUGGGAUACUUACAAUAAAUUGUAGUGUUUUUAAUCCUUUGCCUUCACUUUGUGCAACGGUGGUUAACCAUUACAAGCUUAAGGAAGAUGUUGUCACUUAUAAUCUUGGUGGCAUGGGAUGCAGUGCUGGCCUCAUUUCCAUUGAUCUUGCUAAAGAUCUUUUAAAGGUGCAUGCCAAUUCAUAUGCUAUGGUUGUCAGCUUAGAGUGCUUGACACAAAAUUGGUAUUGUGGAAACAACCGUUCAAUGCUCAUCUCAAAUUGCCUUUUCCGGAUGGGCGCUGCUGCAAUCCUCCUCUCCAACAAGCGUAUUGAUCGUCGUCGAUCAAAAUAUCAAUUGGUACAUGUCGUCCGCACCAAUAAAGGUGCAAACGACAAUAGCUAUAGUUGCGUAUACCAACAAGACGACCACGAAACAGGACUUCGUGGCAUUGCCCUUUCUAAGGACCUAUUGACAAUGGCAGGGGACGCUUUAAAGACAAACAUCACGACUCUCGGGCCUUUAGUUCUUCCAAUAUCCGAACAACUUAUAUUUUUAGUCGUGUUACUUGGAAAAAAAGUGUUACGUAUGCACAAACUUAAGCCAUACGUGCCAGAUUUCAAGCUAGCUUUCGAGCAUUUUUGUGUUCAUGCCGGUGGAAGAGCCGUUCUUGACGAGUUAGAGAAGAACCUCCAGCUCUCUCAAUUACAUAUGGAGCCUUCUAGGAUGACUCUUUAUAGGUACGGAAAUACGUCUAGUAGUUCGUUAUGGUACGAGCUUGCGUACCUUGAGGCUAAGGGGAGGAUCAAAAGAGGUGACAGGACUUGGCAGAUUGGAUUUGGAUCUGGAUUCAAGUGUAAUAGCGCGGUUUGGCGUGCUUUGCGUAACAUUAAUCCUAAAGAUGAAGAAGGAAAUCCUUGGAUGGUUGAGAUUGAUUAUUAUCCGGUUAACGUACCUCAAGUAUCACCUAUAGUCAUGCCAACCUUCUGAACUAGCUAAGUAAACAUUCCAUCUUAUAAUUUACUCUGUAUAAUUAUAGAUAUGACUAUGUUCGUUGUAUUUUAAUUUCCAUGUACACCUUCUUUGGUUUUCUUAUAAUUUACGCUACUUAAUAAUACAUGGUUUGUUCAUGACU